GGCGGCGGCGCAGUGCAUUGUGGGGCGGAAGAGGAGAGUCACCGCUCUGCUAGAGCCGCCAUCUUGCCUGCGUCCGGACUCGCUCCCGCUUUCGGGGCCUGCUUUUUCUCCUCACAGCGCAAAGCGGCGGGAAAGGAGAGGACGAGGGGCCCACCCGGGCGGCGCUGAUGCGUUCAGAGCCUCCUCGCACCUGUCCCGGGCGCCGCUAGCGAAGGGGGCGGGGGUGGUCGGGCGGUCGCCGGCGCGGCCUCCUCUUCUCCUCUGCCGGGAUGGGCCGGUCCCGCAGCCGGAGCUCGUCCCGCUCCAAGCACACGAAGAGCUCUAAGCACAACAAGAAGAACCGGAGCCGAUCGCGGUCCCGCUCCCGGGAGAAGGAGCGGGCGCGGAAGCGCUCCAAGUCCCGGGAGAGCAAGCGGAACCGGCGCCGGGAGUCCCGUUCCCGCUCCCGCUCCAACACGGCCCCCUCCUCCCGCCGCGACCGGGAGCGGGAGCGCGAUCGCGCCUCCUCCCCGCCCGACCGCAUCGACAUCUUCGGGCGCACGGUCAGCAAACGUAGCAGCCUGGACGAGAAGCAGAAGCGGGAGGAGGAGGAGAAAAAAGCGGAGUUCGAGCGGCAGCGGAAAAUUCGUCAACAAGAAAUUGAAGAGAAGCUCAUAGAGGAAGAAACUGCUCGAAGAGUGGAAGAGCUUGUGGCUAAACGUGUAGAAGAAGAGUUGGAGAAAAGGAAGGAUGAGAUUGAGCGAGAGGUUCUCCGCAGGGUGGAGGAGGCUAAGCGCAUCAUGGAAAAACAGUUGCUCGAAGAACUCGAGCGACAGCGACAAGCUGAACUUGCAGCACAAAAAGCCAGAGAGGAAGAAGAGCGUGCAAAGCGUGAGGAACUAGAGCGAAUACUAGAAGAGAAUAAUCGAAAAAUUGCAGAAGCACAAGCUAAACUGGCUGAAGAACAAUUGAAAAUUGUUGAAGAACAAAGAAAGAUUCAUGAGGAGAGGAUGAAACUAGAACAAGAGAGACAACGUCAGCAAAAGGAAGAGCAAAAAAUGAUCCUGGGCAAAGGAAAGUCUAGGCCAAAACUGUCCUUCUCACUAAAAAGCCAGGAUUAAAUAGCAACUCUGAACUCUUAAAAGAAAAAAAAGAAACAACCCAACAAAAAAAGUAAACAACAAAAAAACUUUGUAUGGUAGCUUCAUGUUGAAGUGGGUUUUUUUUCGUUUUUUUUUUUUUUUUUUUUUUCUCUCCAUUUUGUUUUUUUGGUCUUUUUUGAAAGUCUGGAAAGUUAGCUUGUUCUAAUAGGGGCUGUGCUCUGCAAUUCUUCUUCUUCUUUUUUUUUUUUUUUUUUUUUUUUUUUUUUUUUUUUAAAGCUUCCAUUAAGUUAAAGCCUUAUCAGAUCAUUGUUGCCUUUCAGAGGGUAAUCUGUUCUCAUCAAUUUUGUUUCUGUAUUAGUGGUCUGAAGCAGAUCGGGUCACUUUAUGAAUUCUGGAUGAUCUGAUAAGGUUUUACUGACGUACUCAUCAGAGUUUGACUCUGAUAAUUGACAGAACUUUAUACUGGGUAUUGCUGACUUAAUUUUUUUUUUUUUUUUUAAAGUCAGUAAAUACAUGAGUAAAAUGCCAUAGUAUUACCGGACCUCUGUGGUUUAUUGUUAAAUCAGUGUCCUAUGAUACUGUCCCAUUGUUGCGCUUGAUGUUCCUGAUACAGGUAAGGAAAUAGUUUGUCAUUUCUGCUAUGAAUACAUAGAGAGAGUUCAGUAUUGUCUCUGUUAGAUUUGUUUUUAUUACAUUGACAGCAUUCAACCAGCGUUCCCCAUUGUGUAAAUAAAUCAAUUUGCUGAAUAAAGUGAAAGUCUUAAAUUCA